AUGGAAGCGUGGCCGACUUCCCAUCUUUUAGAAUUACCACCAAAUGGCGUUCAGGAAAUAAGAAAGUUGUACAAUUUUGAUAGUCCUGACAGAAUAAAACAAGCUGUUGACGUCUUGGAGGACUGGUUGAAAAAGCAAGAUCACAUUUUGAAAAAAGAUUUCUCUAGAGGCUACUUGGAAAAAACCAUAAUAAGUUGUAAAGGAUCUGUUGAAAAGGCUAAGAGACGGAUCGAUAGAUUAUGCACUUACAAGACUUUGCUGCCACAGUUCUUCCUAAAAACCAACUGGAGAACGGAAUGUAAAGAAGUCUUGGAUAUAGCAUUGAUAGCAGUGUUGCCAAAAGUAACAAAAGACUAUUAUCGAGUAUCAGUAAUAAAAUUCCAUGAUAAAGCCAUGAUGGAAAAACAUUGCUUACUGUAUUUCCAGUACAAUUUUAUUCUCAUUGAAUAUGUAAAGGCGCAUGAUUAUGUAAAUGGAUUUAUCAUGAUAUUAGACUUUGAAGAAAUAAACAUUUUAGAUAUGGUAACUGCUAUUAAUCCAGUGGUAUUGCAGCAAUACAUGUCUAUUUUAACAGAAGGCUUUGGAGCAAGAUUAAAAGCAAUAUAUGUGCUAACACAGUCAAAACUUGUUGAUUUCUUCAUAAACAUUACGAAAAAGUUCCUUAGCGAGAAGAUUUCUAAAAGAGUAAAUGUGAUUAAAACGAUUGAAGAGUUAUAUACUACGAUUCCUAAAGAAAUUUUACCUGAAGAGUACGGUGGACAGGAAAGGUCUUAUAAGCAAAUUUCAGCGGAUUGGAUUGAGGAACUGAGCACAAAGCAACAUCAAGAUUAUAUUAAGAUGAUGUACGAAGCCUGCACUGACGAAACAUUAAGAAGGCCAGAUCAAUUUAAUGAUGAUUUAAUGGGAAUACCAGGCUCCUUUAGGAAUAUGAUUGUUGAUUAA